AAUAUCAUAUUUACUAUUGCUCUGCCUUCGACUGUUCAGAUGCGGUCAACCAGGAGAGUGUCAGUGUGGCCGGUGGGACUCGUUGGAGGCCGGAGGUACGAGCGGCCCUUAGUGGAAAAGGGGAAAGUGGUCGGCUGGUACACAGGCUGGAAGGCCGACAGGCCAUUUGCAAUUGACAUGGCUGGUUUUGCAGUGAACCUGCAGGUGAUCCUGUCAAACCCACGUGCCCUGUUCAAGAGAAGAGGAGCCAAACCAGGGAUGCAAGAGUCUGAUUUUCUCAAACAGAUCACCAAGGUGGAGGACUUGGAGCCAAAGGCCAAGAACUGUACACAGGUCCUGGUCUGGCAUACCCGCACUGAGAAGGUCAACCUGGGUAACGAACCAAAGCGACAACAGGACUCUGUCUAUAUAGAGGUCUAGCGAGUGACACUGCACUAAGACUGACAUAUAACACUGGAUGAAGGCCUGCCAUCAUUGGCACUUUCCAAAUCGAUGACCACCUUUGAACUUUAGGAUACCUGCUCUGGUGGAAAAGACAUGUCAAGUGGUCUCGGUAUUCUCUACUGACACGCACUGUAUAUGCAGAAGUUUCUCACUGUGUCGUCACACUGGAUUACCCGUAAUGUGUUGGAAGGAGAAACCAUGGAAAGGGUUUUUCAAAUGGCAACUGCACAUGAAAAAACGAUCUUAUACCCAUCUUGAAGACUCUGGACACUUGGAGGAUCAGAUCAAUGUCUGUGAACGCGGUGGAAAAAGACCAGCCGCUAGAACAGAGAGGUAGAGUGUUGCUGAAGGGAAUCGAACAGCCCACAAAAACUGAAGGAUCAGUGGAUGGAAAAACCCUGGAAAUACUGUCUAAAGAGUGUGAGACACUAUUACAAGGACAGAACUUUUGGAUUACAACUGUCUUUAUUCCAAACGACCCUCGUUAAAAGCAAAAAAAAAAAAAAAGGAAAUAAAAGACAACUUUACAAUAAAUGCGUCUUUAGACAAAAUGAUCACACAAUAGUUCAUGGCUAUUCACGGUUUAAUGCACGGAAAUAACAAUAUUCUGUCUCUGUACUAGGCACCAGAAAAUGUAAACACAUUAUAGAAAUAAACCUGGAUGACACGG